AUGUCAUCCUGGGCGGAACGCUGCCCCCGCUUCGGCAGAGGACACCGUGUCGCCCCCGAUUACCGACGACGGCUCAGGCCGUCUUACGUAUUGGAAAAGGAAAAGACGAAGGAAAACGGGGGCCACUCGGACCCCGGACGAAAAAGUGGACUCCUCUGGCAGAGCAAGUGGGUCGCGAGCCCAAGGGUAGGUGGACCGCGCGAUGGUUCCCCGAUGUCGGACGCCGGGUGGGUCGUGGGUGGUGCCGAAUGGAUCAUUACACGUCCCGGCUGCUGUCCGGCCACGGGGAUUUCAGAAGCAAAACUCCACGACUUUAACCUUGUAGGUGAUGCAGCUUGCGCAUGCGGUUUCCCCAGUGGAACUGCGGAGCAUCUGCUUAUGGAUUGCCCACUUGCAGACCAGGAAGGAGGAAAAACUCAAACUCGCCGUACGAGCGGCCGGUGCGGACUGGCCGGGUGA